GAGGGGCGUGGGGGAAGAAAAGUCCAGCCAGUGGAACCGAGGCACCCUGAGUUCAGGGUCAGGACCCAGCCCAGGACCGUGAGUCCCUAGUCUGAAUCAAGGAACUCCUGCGGAAUGUCGAAGUCGGUCCCACCCAGGCCCCCAAUCUAGGUCACCCGCGGGGAAGGGCCGAGCUGGGGGCUGUCUGCUCCGGAGGUGGGCGAGGAGUGAAUUGAUUCAGACCCUGCCCCUCGCUCUUCCACUAGAUUGUAAUUCCAUCUCUGGCGGGUCGAGCCGCCCUCCCUCCGGCGGCCAGUGCGUCCCUCCCCUCGGCCGCCAGCGUCCACUCCCCAGCCCCGAAAACCCUGCAGCCGCGAGCCCGCUCUACUCCAGCACGCCAGCCUCCCAGACGCUGCCUUGCCUCAUCGGACUACCCAGUGACUCCUGGUUCAGCUCCCCGGGUCCCCCACCUUCUCAUUCGCGCGCCACCGGCGUCCCCACGUCCCACAGGAGACGCCCUUUCCCUGUGCGCCCGGGACUUGGUGAAACUUUGGAGACACUGUCGGUGAGAUGGAUUUAAUCCCAACCUUCUUGCUCCGUUUCUUGCUUCUGGCCUGCAGCCUCCCACCCGGCGCCGUGUCACUCCGAACCGCUCUGCGAAAAUCAGGCAAGUUGGGGCCUCCUCUUGAGAUCAAGCUGGGAACCUUGAACUGCACAGCUUUCAGCAUCCAGUGGAAAACACCAAAGCAUUCUGGUAGACCCAUCACUGGAUACACAGUAUUCUUCUCUGAGGUUGGUUCAGAUAAGUCCCUCCAAGAGCGGUCACAUAAUGUACCUGUUGGCCAAGAUACCCUAAUCACUGAAGAAGUGAUUGGAGAUUUGAAGCCAGGCACUGAAUAUCGAGUAAGCAUAGCUGCUUACAGCCAGACUGGCAAAGGGAGACUUAGCUUUCCUCGGCAUGUGACCACUUUGUCUCAAGAUUCCUGUCUGCCCCCUGACGCACCCCAGCAGCCACAUGUCCUUGUGGUUUCUAAUUCUGAAGUGGCUCUCUCUUGGAAACCUGGAGAAAAUGAAGGAAGUGCCCCAAUUCAGUCCUACUCUGUGGAGUUCAUGAGGCCAGAUUUUGACAAGAGCUGGACCAUAAUCCAAGAUCGACUGCAGAUGGACUCCAUGGUUAUCAAAGGCCUUGAUCCAGAUACCAACUACCGGUUUGCUGUGAGAGCCAUGAAUGCCCAUGGCUUCAGCCCACGCAGCCUACCCAGCAACACCAUCCGAACCCUGGGCCCCGAGGAGGCAGGAAGUGGCCGCUAUGGACCUCAGUAUAUCACCAGCACGGGAGUGAGUGAAGAUGAUGAUGGCUCUGAUGACGAGCUGGAUCUGGACGUGUCCUUUGAGGAGGUUAAACCACUUCCUGCUACCAAAGCUGGGAAAAGGAAGUUCUUGAUGGAAUCCAAGAAGAUUUCUCUCUCUGACCCAGUAAUGGGUUCCAGGCGUGCACAACCUACCUCAGCAUCUCUCCCUGAAACUACAGUGGCCAUCCCACACACCCCUGCCCAGCGGAAGGGGAAGAACAGUGUGGCCAUGAUGUCAAGGCUCUUUGACGUGUCCUGUGAUGAGACUCUCUGCUCAGCUGACAGCUUCUGUGUCAAUGACUACACCUGGGGAGGCUCACGGUGCCACUGCAACCUGGGCAAAGGAGGGGAGGGCUGCUCAGAAGAUAUCUUUAUUCAGUAUCCUCAGUUCUUUGGUCACUCCUACGUAACCUUUGAGCCCCUGAAGAAUUCUUAUCAGGCAUUUCAGAUCACUCUGGAAUUCAGGGCAGAGGCAGAGGACGGCUUACUGCUCUACUGUGGGGAGAGUGAACACGGCAGAGGUGACUUCAUGUCCCUGGCUCUCAUCCGGCGCUCCCUCCACUUCAGGUUUAAUUGUGGAACUGGGAUUGCUGUCAUCAUAAGUGAGACCAAAAUCAAACUUGGAGCUUGGCACACAGUGACACUGUACAGAGAUGGGCUGAAUGGGCUGCUGCAGUUGAAUAAUGGCACCCCGGUGACAGGCCAGUCCCAGGGCCAGUACAGUAAAAUUACCUUCCGGACACCUCUGUACCUUGGUGGCGCUCCCAGCGCUUACUGGCUGGUGAGAGCAACAGGGACAAACCGUGGCUUCCAAGGCUGUGUGCAGUCACUUGCUGUUAAUGGGAAGAGGAUUGACAUGAGACCCUGGCCACUGGGAAAAGCCCUUAAUGGGGCAGAUGUAGGGGAAUGCAGCAGUGGGAUCUGUGACGAGGCCUCCUGCAUCAACGGAGGAACCUGUGCAGCCAUCAAAGCCGACUCCUACAUCUGCCUCUGUCCGCUGGGCUUCAGAGGCCGACACUGUGAAGAUGCAUUUGCCCUGACCAUCCCUCAAUUCAGAGAGUCAUUGAGGUCCUAUGCUGCCACACCCUGGCCCCUGGAGCCCCAGCACUAUCUUUCUUUCACGGAGUUUGAGAUCACAUUUCGGCCAGACUCGGCGGACGGUGUCCUCCUGUACAGCUAUGACACGGGCAGCAAGGACUUCCUGUCCAUCAAUAUGGCUGGGGGCCACGUAGAAUUCCGCUUUGACUGUGGUUCUGGGACUGGAGUUCUCAGGAGUGAGGAUCCUCUCACACUCGGCCAAUGGCAUGAGCUGCGUGUGUCUCGAACAGCGAAGAAUGGUAUUUUACAGGUGGACAAGCAGAAGGUAGUAGAGGGGAUGGCAGAGGGAGGCUUCACCCAGAUUAAGUGUAAUACGGACAUUUUUAUUGGCGGAGUCCCAAACUACGAUGAUGUCAAGAAGAACUCGGGCAUCCUCCAUCCAUUUAGUGGGAGCAUCCAGAAGAUCAUCCUGAAUGACCGGACCAUCCACGUGAAGCAUGACUUUAUAUCUGGCGUGAACGUGGAUAACGCGGCUCACCCUUGCGUGGGGGCCCCCUGUGCCCAUGGGGGCAGCUGUCGGCCCAGGAAGGAGGGUUAUGAGUGUGACUGUCCCUUGGGCUUCGAAGGCCUGAACUGCCAGAAAGCUAUUACAGAAGCCAUCGAGAUCCCACAGUUUAUCGGCCGCAGUUACCUGACCUAUGACAAUCCAAAUAUCCUCAAGAGGGUGUCAGGAUCAAGAUCAAAUGCCUUCAUGAGGUUUAAGACAACCGCCAGGGAUGGCCUGUUGCUGUGGAGAGGAGAUAGCCCCUUGAGACCUAACAGUGACUUCAUUUCCCUGGGUCUUCGGGAUGGAGCCCUGGUGUUCAGCUACAACCUGGGCAGUGGUGUGGCUUCCAUCAUGGUGAAUGGUUCUUUCAGUGAUGGCCGGUGGCACCGAGUCAAGGCUGUCAGGGAUGGCCAAUCUGGGAAGAUUACUGUGGAUGACUAUGGGGCCAGAACAGGCAAGUCACCUGGCAUGAUGAGGCAACUUAACAUCAAUGGGGCUCUGUAUGUGGGUGGAAUGAAGGAAAUCGCUCUGCACACGAACAGACAGUACAUGCGAGGCCUCGUGGGCUGCAUCUCUCAUUUCACGCUGUCCACCGAUUACCACAUUUCCCUUGUGGAAGAUGCUGUGGAUGGGAAAAACAUCAACACUUGUGGAGCUAAGUAACACCGGCUGGCCUUGUCCAAGGGGCAACAUCCCAGGGGCCCAGAGAUCCUGCCUGAUGCUGCACACAGAGGUCUAGGAAUCAGGUGUGUUUCCUGUAAUCAAGGACAAACUACACCCUGAUGGAACAUAAGACUGGAGGCCCUGGAUGGCCUUCUCUGCAAAUGCUCUGUGGGCCAAACCCAAUGGACUACUGUGGAUAGGAAGCAUUGGACUGUGUCGCUCAAUAUAUAGAGUCUGAGAGAUCACACAUCACAUCAUGUUCCAGAGACUGCUGUAGCUCAAUGGCUAUGCUGUGUUAAGAGAGUGAGAGCAAGACUGAGUGAGAGAGAGAGAGAGAGAGAGAGAGAGAGAGAGAGAGAGAGAGAGAGAGAGAAAACCCCCACAGAACAGUAUUAAAAUAUGUCUGCCCUUCCCUGACUUAGGACACUAGCAGAAUGACUGUGUGACCCUGAACUGCAUACUUCCAGAUUAACCCCUUCCAUUCCUCACUGGCUCACUCAAUGUGCUCUCGCUAGUCCACACAAAUAAAGGUUUGGGGGGAAUUAAACAUAGAAUCAUAAUCUUACUGUGGCCCCCUCUCCCAAGCUUACCUCUAAUGCAAAAAUCCUUUUUAUGAUGCAAAUUGAAGAAAGUGGGCUCCCCCCCGAUUUUGUAGCUGUACUUUUUGUAUGUGUCUAUUUUUAUAGCCGCAGACUGUCCACACUUAAGGUGUGCUUUUGCAAGUUAAGGUGGAUGAUCUUAAUUACGGCACACUUUCCUGGUAGUUUUCUUGCAAAUGAGAUAGGAUCGGGCCGUUUGCAGUGUCAGUGGGGUGAUGGAGAGUGACUAGGGUGGGCCACUGGAGGAGGUGACCAUUCUCUUUCAGUGCUUGCUGAUGGUCCAAGGUGAAGAGACUAAAAGGGACGUGUCACUGAGGUGGGGCACUGCCAUGCUGUUUUAAGAGAGGGAAAGUAUCUGUAAUAAAUGUGAAUAAAGGGGACAAGGAAGAA